AAAGGUAAGAGGAUAUAUUCUCUUACUCCUUUUCCUCUCAAGUGACAGUCGUAUCAAUUUCACCCACCCGUGAGAGAGAAUACAGAGAGGAACAGAAAUGGAAGGAAGAAGUAGAGAAGUGGUUGUUUCGUCUCUUCAAUUCGCCUGCUCCGACGAUAUCUCCUCCAACGUCGCCGCCGCCGAAAGGCUGGUCAGAGAAGCACACUCAAAAGGAGCAAACAUCGUUCUUAUUCAGGAACUUUUUGAGGGAUAUUACUUCUGUCAAGCACAAAGAGAAGACUUCUUUCAGAGAGCCAAGCCUUACAAGGACCAUCCUACCAUUGCAAGGAUGCAGAAGCUGGCAAAGGAGCUGGGUGUUGUGAUACCCGUUAGCUUCUUUGAGGAGGCAAACAAUGCGCAUUACAACUCUAUUGCCAUUAUUGACGCUGAUGGAACUGAUCUCGGGAUUUAUAGGAAGUCCCAUAUUCCUGAUGGACCAGGAUAUCAAGAGAAAUUUUAUUUCAAUCCUGGAGACACUGGCUUUAAGGUUUUCCAGACAAAGUUUGCAAAAAUUGGAGUUGCUAUAUGUUGGGAUCAAUGGUUUCCUGAGGCAGCUCGAGCUAUGGUUCUACAGGGUGCUGAAAUACUCUUUUAUCCAACUGCCAUCGGCUCUGAGCCUCAAGACCAGGGGUUGGAUUCGCGUGAUCAUUGGAGGAGAGUCAUGCAAGGGCAUGCUGGAGCUAAUGUGGUGCCUCUAGUUGCUUCGAACCGCAUAGGGAAGGAAGUAAUUGAAACCGAGCAUGGACCGAGUCAGAUCACUUUCUAUGGAAACUCCUUCAUUACCGGACCGACGGGUGAAAUUGUGGCCGAGGCCGAUGACAAAACGGAAGCUGUUCUCGUGGCGCAGUUUGAUCUUGACAAGAUCAAGUCGAAGAGGCAAAGCUGGGGAGUGUUUCGUGACCGCCGUCCGGAUUUGUACAAGGUGCUUCUUACAAUGGACGGUAGCCUUUGAUUCUUAUUAUGCUGUUGAAACCUUUGUUCCGUAAGAUGACAACUAUUGCUUGCUUGAAGACCUUACAAUAAUUUCCAUUUUGUAUUUUCUUCAAUAAAUAGAGCUCUGCAUUUGCUGCUGGCUCUUUCAUCGCUGCCA